AACCGCGGAGCAGCGAGACGGAGGAGGAGAGGCUGAGUGCAGGGGACAGGCAUCCAGGAUCUCCCCCGAUCCAGUCCUACGCCGCGGCCGCCGCCGGUGCGCCGCCACCGUCGCCAUGGGAACCCCGCGAUCAUCGCUCCUGCUUUCACCGGGGGCCAUGUCGUGAUCCGUGGGCACCGCCAGCGGGUUUUCUCUCUCCGUGAUCCGAGGCGGAGGAGGAGGAGGAGGAGGGAGAGGAGGAGAGGAGGAGAGGAAGGUGGUGGCGGCACGGGAAGAUGUUCGCCUCGGCGGGCCCUCGGGGCGCCCCGGCCAUCCCGGAGCCGGACCUCAGCCAUCUGACGGAGGACGAGAGGAAGAUCAUCAUGGCUGUGCUGGCUCGCCAGAAAGAGGAGGAAGCCAAGGAGGAGGCCAUGUUAAAGGAAGAGAAGCCCAUUCAAGCAAGAACUGUCAACCUGGUUGGGCAGAAGAAACCGCCACAGCAAAAUGACGUCAGAGGAAUCCAGCAGCAGCUGUCCAGCUACAGGGAGACGGUGAUCCGGCAGGCGACGGCGGCGGCGGGCUCGGCCGUCCAUCGGGACGACGCACCCACCUGUGGCAUCUGCCGUAAAACCAAGUUUGCAGAUGGCUGCGGGAACUUGUGUUCGUACUGCCAGACAAAGUUCUGCGCUCGCUGCGGUGGUCGAGUGUCUCUGCGAUCCAACACGGAGGACAAAGUGGAGUAG